AUGUCAGAUCCAGAACGAGAGUUCACUGCCCUUUAUCUUGGCUAUUCGUCCAACCUUUCUCCCGUGACGAUGCGGCAGAGAUGUCCUGGAAGUCUCUACGUUGGUCUCGCGAUUCUGAAAGACUACAAAUGGAUCAUCAACUCCACCUCAUACGCAUCCAUCAUCCCGUCUCCAGGCGACAUCGUAUACGGAUCUCUGUACUUUCUGACUGGGAAAGACGAAAAAGCACUUGACACAUCCGAGGGUGUUCCUUGGCUCUACGAGAAACACUACCUUGAUGUGCAUCGGAUCGUCAAUGGAAAGGAAGAGGAGAAAACAGUGAAAGCACUGGCUUACGUUGAUGUUCAGAGACUUGAAGUGGGUACUAUUGAACCGGAUUAUAUUGUUUGGGUUCACAAAGCUAUCCAGCAUGGGUUGCAGAGCGGGGUACCAAGUGAUUAUAUUGAGAAGUAUUUGAGACCGUGGGUCGGUGACUUGAUGAGUCAACAGGAGAUCAAUAUGGUGAGAACCAUACCUGCAACUCAAUGGAGUGGUGGGCUUGCCGCUGGUGUCCGAGGAAGGGUUAUGGGUGGAUUGGAUCGCGGUUGA